AUGGCACAACAGAAUCUUGCUGUGAAACUAUGUGGAGUGCUUCAAGCGCAAAGCCAAGAAGAGAUAACAGCAAGAGAAUGGCGUUUAAUAGGCCAAGAGCAAGAUGGAUCUCAAGUUUUUACUUGGGUGUCGAAGAAAAAUGAGGGGGAAGUAAUGAAUAUAGGCGCGUAUACAAAUAGCACAAAAACUCUUACCGUAUUACAUACAUUUGAUGAGAAGUUAAAUAUAAUACAAGCCUCUGUGAAUUCUACGCACAGCCUUCUGAUUUAUGUUGUUAAAAUACUCCCUAAAGGAGAUGACAACAUUAAAGAAGCUUUGUAUUGUCCAUAUUUGAUAUCUUUGCUUCCUGAUAAAGUAAGCGUCCCCGAGGAAAUUGAAGAAAGAUCUAAUAGGCAGAUAAUGGUACAAUAUAUAUAUGGGAAAAGUAAUAAAUAUAGCCCUGGUAUUAGGAAUGAUCGAUUUUUAUUGUUCAAGCACUUGGAAUACAUCAAGAUAUAUAGGACACCAAUGUUUUUGAAUGAAUGUGACGAUGGCACUGAGAGAUGGGGUUUUGAUGGCAUCUACCCUGAACCAGAAACUAUCGUCAAAGUAUUCUCCUGGGCACAAUGGGACUGCGUCAAUCAGGUGCUGUUCUACAUUCACUACCGUCAGCCAGCGCAGAGCUUCGCAGAAGGUGAAGAAGUCAAAUCGCCGAGUGAAAUGACGCCUACGCUCUCUGCGUUGCAGUUUCACGUCGAUUUGCCUCACGAGACUGUGCUGAACAUUCCGCUGAGCCUGGGGCCGGCGGCGGGCGCUGGAUCUGCGUGCGGCUCGUAUGAGGACGACCCGCUGCCGCUGCGCGUGCACGACUGCGGGCUCGACCUGCACAUAGUGUGUGAUGCGCGCGGUCUACUCGCCAUCUGCCACCACUACCUCUACAAGCCUUUAGACGAUUCCACCACGUCCCUGGUAUUAGAAGACAGCGCGGAACUGAAAGAGUCGGGCGUGAACUUUGCAUACUCCAUCACGCUUUUACACCAUGGUUGUGUAGUGCACAGUGUGGUCCCGGAUCUGCCCUGGAACCUCGCCAAGUCGCUCCGGCCUUCCUACACACUGUACGAAGACAACCAUCUUCUGGUGAACAUACCAAUGCUCUUCACCCAUUUGAUAGACAUCAGUUUACACCAUGAGCCUUGUUCCCACAUCGUCAUUCCUGUAGAAGAGACUGAGAGUGGGCCCAGCCUCGCACCACUGCUAGGCUGGGGAUUCCACGCCAUGGUAGACUUGAAUACGUUGGACGUGGUUACAAUGAAUGUAGCUGAAAAGGAUUUGGUGGCGACAUUCAAGAGUAACACGACGGUGGAAAACAAACUUGCUAUUAUACAUUACUUGAUACAGCAUGAAGGGAAUCUGGAUUUAGCUGAAGAGCUGGUGUCGUGGCUGUGCGUGAACCAGCGAGAGGCGCUGGGCGGGCUGCAGCGCGUGCUGCAAGAGUACUUGGUGGCCUACACGUACGCGCUCACUCGCCGCUCGCUGCCUGCCUCCGCGCUCCCCCUCAUGUCCAUGCUGCCCUUCACACUGCACCUCAAGUUCGCAGACGUUAAGGCCGGCGAGGUGUCGGUGUCCGUGAGCCAGGAGAAGCUGUGGAACAGCGCGGCGGUGGUGCUGGCGCCGCGGCAGCGCGUGAGCCAGUUCGCCGAGGACGCGUGGACGCGGCUGUGGAGCGCGCUCGCCGCAACUCCGCGCCGCCGCCUGCGCCCGCCCGACGUGCUCGAGCGCCUGCGUGUGUCACUGCACUGCUACCAGCCAGAAGCCUUAUCUCGCUGCAGUACACCACUUUCGCCGACAGCGAACGCGCCUUUAGCUUCACGAAGGCCAUCGUUUGCGCCACAAGACGCAUUGCCCUUCUACGAGUUGGACGUUUGCACCGCUAGCAAGCAAGAGCAUAUUAUCGCUGCGAACCUGCGUGCGGUGAGCGUGCAUGUGAUGCGCGAACGGGGGGAGGCGGGUGGUGCGGGUGGGGCGGAGGGCGGCGUGCACGCGCUGGGCACGCGCUGGGCAGCCGCGCAGGUGGAGGCGGCGCGCUCGCUUUGCCGCGCCGCCUCGCGCGCCGCCGCCGUGCCCGCCUCGCACCAGCGCGGCUUCGCACUCGUAGAUGAGAUGGACCCCACACACGCGCUGAUCCUGUUCAAGAUCCUGGAGCAGUACUACCUGGCGACGGAGUCCAUCGCGUUCCCGCUGCCGCAGGGCUUCAGUUCGUUCUUCACGUAUCUCGGCUACCGCACGCUGCCGUUCUAUGCCUUCGUGCAGUACGUUCACCGCAACGUCUUCGAGCUGCAGAUAGACGUGCUCAAAGCUAUCAUUACCGGUAAAGAUGACGACGACAAGCGCGUCGUGAACAACAAGCUGCGGCUGGUGCAGCUGGCGGGCGAGGCGCGUGGCAAGCGGGCGCUGUGCGCGUGGCAGCACCGCGCCGCACUGCAGCUGCGCGCGCGAGCACGCCGCCGCGCUGCUCAGCGGCGGCCCGCCCACGCACGAGCGCGCGCGUCACCGCCCUACGCGCGAGCCCGGUCAGUACACGCGCAGUACUAA